GGCCCGCAGCUACGUCUGGAUCGAAGACCUCAAGGCCGUCGUCGGCGGUGUCUUGCUCGAAAAACAACAUCCACGCGUUCAUGGCCGACACGCAGACGCCCGAGUCGCACACCGAGUGGCUCGACGCGUUGGCCGAGAUCCAGGCGCUCAAGGCCAGCGUCAUCGUGCCGGGCCACGCGAUCGUCGGCGAUGUCGCCGACAUUGACUCGCCCGCGUUCACGGCCAAGUACAUUCGCGACUUUGACGCUGCGACGGCUGCGGCCAAGAACAGCACGGACCUCAUUGCGGCCAUGACGGCGCUGUACCCCAAGGCCGGCAGCGUCAUCAGUCUCGAGAUCAGCGCGCGGGUCGCCAAGGGCGAGCAAACGUGGCCGUAAGCUUUUAGGGACUAGUACAGUCAUUAAAGUGAACCGCUUCAAGUUUUCACAACC